CUUCAUGGAGCGAGCAUGAGCGGCUGUUGUACAUUCCAGCAACGCGGGUACCUUAAACGUCACAGAGUUUCAAAACGCUGAAAGACCGGAUGACUGGAGAAAAGGAAUUCUUUUCCGGAGCCCGUUCAGAUGAUGGCGGUGGCACCAUUGUACAGGACGAGCUCGCGCCCGAAUCCCUCGACGAAGAUAAUGUGAACAGUGCCGUACGUCCUUUCGAGGAUGAAGAUUGUGAGGCAGAAGGUGAAGCCCAUGAUAACCAGUCUAAUGAUGAGCACAUUAUGCAAAACGAAUAUGAUGUCGGGCAGGGCGACAGCGACUCUGAGAAUGGUCUACAUGACAGUCACUUGAAACAGGGUGUCUCCAGACCUACUGCCAGUGACAGAAAUGAGCUGGACCUCCUGAGAAGAAGUGGGAGCUCUGAACAUGAUGAACCAAAGCAGCAUAUUAAUGACAGUGAUGCUGAGGAGCAAAUGUCAGCCCAGAGAGGCCAGUCUGGGGACGCUGACUCUGAAACUGAGGCCAGAAAACAGAAUAUUGAGAUUGGAUCAGAUGACAGGGUGGUCGGGAGGAGCAAAGGGAAACGUAAGGCCAGCAUAGAGUCCGACAGUGAGGACGAUGAAACUGUGAAGGAGCCUACAGGGGGGAACCGAAAGGAGGGUAACGAGCUGGAGCCGUCAGAAGAACGUGAUGACAGGAAAGACAUACCAGUGAAAAGAAAGAAAGUUGUUCUUUCUGACAGCGAGGAUGAAGAGCAUGAGAAGAAGCCAGUGGAGAAGGAAAGCCUGUUGUUGGAUGGUGAAAUCUCAGCCUGUGAUGGAGGUUUGCAGUCUUCUGAAAAAUCUAUGGCAGCCAAACUACAGGAGCUGGGAUCUGAUAGUGAGGAAGAGGAAGAUGGAAAAAGAACUGAAUUUGGAGAAAAAGUCCAGAAAAACUUGUUUGUCUCUGACAGUGACUUGGUUGAUGAGGAAGAGAAGAUGAUCACAGAUAUCCCUGAACAGUUGGGGGAUGAGGAGGAAGAAGAGUUUACGGGCUUCAAAGAAGAAGACUUGGAAGAAGAGAAGAAUCAAUCAGGAGUUUCAUCAGAAACAGCAGCAGUUAAGGAUUCUGACUCUGAUGAUACAAUGGGAGGAGGGAACAGAGAGGCACUCCGACCUGGUGAAUCAGGAUUCUGUGACCAUCCUAGUGUACCAGUGUCAUCAGAUAAAGGCUACGUAGUUCACCCAAAGUGGCAUAUGGAUGUAGAAACUAAUCAGGAUGAAGAUUGUGAGGCAGAAGGUGAAGCCCAUGAUAACCAGUCUAAUGAUGAGCACAUUAUGCAAAACGAAUAUGAUGUCGGGCAGGGCGACAGCGACUCUGAGAAUGGUCUACAUCACAGUCACUUGGAACAAGGUGUCUCCAGACCUACUGCCAGUGACAGAAAUGAGCUGGACCUCCUGAGAAGAAGUGGGAGCUCUGAACAUGAUGAACCAAAGCAGCGUAUUAAUGACAGUGAUACUGAGGAGCAAAUGUCAGCCCAGAGAGGCCAGUCUGGGGACGCUGACUCUGAAACUGAGGCCAGAAAACAGAAUAUUGAGAUUGGAUCAGAUGACAGGGUGGUCGGGAGGAGCAAAGGGAAACGUAAGGCCAGCAUAGAGUCCGACAGUGAGGACGAUGAAACUGUGAAGGAGCCUACAGGGGGGAACCGAAAGGAGAGUAAUGAGCUGGAGCCGUCAGAAGAACGUGAUGACAGGAAAGAAAAACCAGUGAAAAGAAAGAAAGCUGUUCUUUCUGACAGUGAGGAUGAAGAGCAUGAGAAGAAGCCAGUGAAGAAGGAAAGCCUGUUGUUGGAUGGUGAAAUCUCAGCCUGUGAUGGAGGUUUGCAGUCUUCUGAAAAAUCUAUGGCAGCCAAACUACAGGAGCUGGAACCUGAUAGUGAGGAAGAUGAAGAUGGAAAAACAACUGAAUUUGGAGAAAAAGUCCAGAAAAACUUGUUUGUCUCUGACAGUGACUUGGUUGAUGAGGAAGAGAAGAUGAUCACAGAUGUCCCUGAACAGUUGGGGAAUGAGGAGGAAGAAGAGUUUACGGGCUUCAAAGAAGAAGACUUGGAAGAAGAGAAGAGUCAAUCAGGAGUUUCAUCAGAACCAGCAGCAGUUAAGGAUUCUGACUCUGAUGAUACAAUGGGAGGAGGGAACAGAGAGGCACUCCGACCUGGUGAAUCAGGAUUCUGUGACCAUCCUAGUGUACCAGUGCCAUCAGAUAAAGGCUACGUAGUUCACCCAAAGUGGAAUAUGGAUGUAGAAGCUAAUCGGGAUGAAGAUUGUGAGGCAGAAGGUGAAGCCCAUGAUAACCAGUCUAAUGAUGAGCACAUUAUGCAAAACGAAUAUGAUGUCGGGCAGGGCGACAGCGACUCUGAGGAUGGUCUACAUGACAGUCACUUGGAACAGGGUGUCUCCAGACCUACUGCCAGUGACAGAAAUGAGCUGGACCUCCUGAGAAGAAGUGGGAGCUCUGAACAUGAUGAACCAAAGCAGCGUAUUAAUGACAGUGAUACUGAGGAGCAAAUGUCAGCCCAGAGAGGCCAGUCUGGGGACGCUGACUCUGAAACUGAGGCCAGAAAACAGAACAUUGAGAUUGGAUCAGAUGACAGGGUGGUCGGGAAAGUUGUUCUUUCUGACAGCGAGGAUGAAGAGCAUGAGAAGAAGCCAGUGGAGAAGGAAAGCCUGUUGUUGGAUGGUGAAAUCUCAGCCUGUGAUGGAGGUUUGCAGUCUCCUGAAAAAUCUAUGGCAGCCAAACUGCAGGAGCUGGGAUCUGAUAGUGAGGAAGAGGAAGAUGGAAAAAGAACUGAAUUUGGAGAAAAAGUCCAGAAAAACUUGUUUGUCUCUGACAGUGACUCGGUUGAUGAGGAAGAGAAGAUGAUCACAGAUAUCCCUGAACAGUUGGGGGAUGAGGAGGAAGAAGAGUUUACGGGCUUCAAAGAAGAAGACUUGGAAGAAGAGAAGAAUCAAUCAGGAGUUUCAUCAGAACCAGCAGCAGUUAAGGAUUCUGACUCUGAUGAUACAAUGGGAGGAGGGAACAGAGAGGCACUCCGACCUGGUGAAUCAGGGUUCUGUGACCAUCCUAGUGUACCAGUGCCAUCAAAUAAAGGCUACGUAGUUCACCCAAAGUGGAAUAUGGAUGUAGAAGCUAAUCGGGAUGAAGAUUGUGAGGCAGAAGGUGAAGCCCAUGAUAACCAGUGUAAUGAUGAGCACAUUAUGCAAAACGAAUAUGAUGUCGGGCAGGGCGACAGCGACUCUGAGGAUGGUCUACAUGACAGUCACUUGGAACAGGGUGUCUCCAGACCUACUGCCAGUGACAGAAAUGAGCUGGACCUCCUGAGAAGAAGUGGGAGCUCUGAACAUGAUGAACCAAAGCAGCGUAUUAAUGACAGUGAUACUGAGGAGCAAAUGUCAGCCCAGAGAGGCCAGUCUGGGGACGCUGACUCUGAAACUGAGGCCAGAAAACAGAACAUUGAGAUUGGAUCAGAUGACAGGGUGGUCGGGAAAGUUGUUCUUUCUGACAGCGAGGAUGAAGAGCAUGAGAAGAAGCCAGUGGAGAAGGAAAGCCUGUUGUUGGAUGGUGAAAUCUCAGCCUGUGAUGGAGGUUUGCAGUCUCCUGAAAAAUCUAUGGCAGCCAAACUGCAGGAGCUGGGAUCUGAUAGUGAGGAAGAGGAAGAUGGAAAAAGAACUGAAUUUGGAGAAAAAGUCCAGAAAAACUUGUUUGUCUCUGACAGUGACUCGGUUGAUGAGGAAGAGAAGAUGAUCACAGAUAUCCCUGAACAGUUGGGGAAUGAGGAGGAAGAAGAGUUUACGGGCUUCAAAGAAGAAGACUUGGAAGAAGAGAAGAGUCAAUCAGGAGUUUCAUCAGAAACAGCAGCAGUUAAGGAUUCUGACUCUGAUGAUACAAUAGGAGGAGGGAACAGAGAGGCACUCCGACCUGGUGAAUCAGGGUUCUGUGACCAUCCUAGUGUACCAGUGCCAUCAGAUAAAGGCUACGUAGUUCACCCAAAGUGGAAUAUGGAUGUAGAAGCUAAUCGGGAUGAAGAUUGUGAGGCAGAAGGUGAAGCCCAUGAUAACCAAUCUAAUGAUGAGCACAUUAUGCAAAACGAAUAUGAUCUCGGGCAGGCCGACAGCGACUCUGAGAAUGGUCUACAUGACAGUCACUUGGAACAGGGUGUCUCCAGACCUACUGCCAGUGACAGAAAUGAGCUGGACCUCCUGAGAAGAAGUGGGAGCUCUGAACAUGAUGAACCAAAGCAGCGUAUUAAUGACAGUGAUACUGAGGAGCAAAUGUCAGCCCAGAGAGGCCAGUCUGGGGACGCUGACUCUGAAACUGAGGCCAGAAAACAGAAUAUUGGGAUUGGAACAGAUGACAGGGUGGUCGGGAGGAGCAAAGGGAAACGUAAGGCCAGCAUAGAGUCCGACAGUGAGGACGAUGAAACUGUGAAGGAGCCUACAGGGGGGAACCGAAAGGAGGGUAACGAGCUGGAGCCGUCAGAAGAACGUGAUGACAGGAAAGACAUACCAGUGAAAAGAAAGAAAGCUGUUCUUUCUGACAGCGAGGAUGAAGAGCAUGAGAAGAAGCCAGUGGAGAAGGAAAGCCUGUUGUUGGAUGGUGAAAUCUCAGCCUGUGAUGGAGGUUUGCAGUCUUCUGAAAAAUCUAUGGCAGCCAAACUACAGGAGCUGGGAUCUGAUAGUGAGGAAGAGGAAGAUGGAAAAAGAACUAAAUUUGGAAAAAAAGUCCAGAAAAACUUGUUUGGCUCUGACAGUGACUCGGUUGAUGAGGAAGAGAAGAUGAUUGCAGAUAUCUUUGGAGACUCUGGGGAUGAGGAGGAAGAAGAGUUUAUGGGCUUCAAAGAAGAAGACUUGGAAGAAGAGAAGAGUCAAUUAGGAGUUUGGCCAAAUUGGAAUAUGGAUGUAAAACCUAAUCGGCAGUUACUCUUCCACAAAGCCCAGCAGCUCACUGAUGCCUCAUUGGAAGAUUCCAAAAUGGAGAUGGAACAAAAACCUAACAUGCCUCCACCAAAGAAGCUGCGUGGUACCAGGAAGCUCUAUCAGAGCCAGACGGCAAAAGACGGCACUGUGUGGGUAGAGGAGGCCAUUGGAAGUGGAACGGCCAGUGCAUCGGCACGUCGCUCGCUCUUCAGUGCGCACACUGGACCCACUGAGUCUGCUAAGCGUAAAAUUACAAGCGUGCUCCAAAGCUUCCUCUGCUUGGUAGACAUGGUAAUGCUGCAGACCAUCAGAAAGUCUACGAUCCAACAUGCCCACAAAACAGAGCCGGACUGGCAGCUGACAAUUGAUGAACUGAUGGCAUUCAUUUCUAUUCUGUUUGUGAGAGCAGUCAUGUGUCCCGUUGGUGCCUUUGUGGAUUGCUGGUCGGAAAACUUCCUGGUGCCAAUAAUCAAAGAGACAAUGUCCCGAGGUAGAUUCAUUUCAAUUAUGCAACACCUUCGAUUUGAUAACAAGGACACGCAGGCAGAACGGCUGAAAACAGACAGAUUCGCUUUGAUCUCCGGCAUCUGGAAACGCUUCACCAAGAACUGUGUUGAGAGUUUCACUCCAGGAGAACACAUGACCAUAGACGAGCAGCUGUUUCCGACCAAGGUUCGUUGUCCAUUCACGCAGUAUAUCUCAUCCAAGCCGGACAAAUUUGGGAUUAAGUUCUGGAUAGCGACGGAUUUGGAGACCAAAUACGUCUGCAACGCGUUCCCUUACUUGGGAAAGGACCCCAAUCGUCAGAAGGGGGAGAGGCUGGCAGAGAACGUGGUCAUGAACCUGAUGGAGCCAUUUCUGGACGAGGGGAGAAAUGUCACGACGGACAAUUUCUUCACCUCACUGUCACUGUCAAAGAGAUUGCUUCAGCGCAACACGACGGUACUGGGCACGGUGAAUAAAGUCCGCCGUGAACUUCCUCCGUCCGCGAAGGACACUGCAGAGCGAGAGGAAUUCUCCACGUCGGUGUUAAGAAGUGGCAGUGUCUCCUUGACGAUCUACUCACCGAAAAAAAAGAAAACUGUGUGUCUUAUGAGUUCCUUGCACAAAGACGUGGCGAUCGGGGACGACAAAAAGAGGAAACCCAACACGAUAACAGACUACAACCACAUGAAGUGUGGUGUAGAUGUGUUGGACCAAAUGGCGCGGAUGUAUUCAGUACGAUCAGCAACACGCAGGUGGCCAGUAGCCGUAUUUUACAACAUGCUGGACCUGGCCGCGGUGAAUGCCUACGUUCUGUACAAGGCGUGCACAGGGUGGAAAGGCAAAAGAAGAUUGUUCCUGAGUCUUCUAGCCAAGGAACUCCGUUGCCGAUUCAUGCAGCAAAAGGCAAUAGAGGCACAGAGGAAGGCUGCUGCAGCGAUUGCUGCUGUGCCAAAACCUGUACAGACAACUCAGUGCCAGGUACAAGAGAGCUGCAACAGAAACCGCAGCAGGUUUGCCUGCGCAAAGUGUCACAAAUACACCUGUCCGAAAUGCAGGGACGAUGGUUACUGGGUCUGCAAACGCUGCAAACACUGACCUUGAAACAGACUGUGUGGGAGAGUAACCACUGAGACAAGGCAGAAAGAUGAUGAAGAGAUGAGCCUGGAACUGAGGGACUGACAUUUUUUUACAUUUUUUUUUUUUUUUUUACAAUUUUUGCUAUUUUCACAUGAACAGCCAGAGGAGAGAACAUGCAAAGCUGCAGAGAUCACACAAAAACAAAAUUCACUUUUGGAUUUAUAAUUCGGCGAUGGCCAAACAAAAUUAAAUGACAUUAUUUCAGUCUGUACGUGUACAAGCAUGUUAUCAACCAUGGACCAUGACUUCACUCAGCUUAGGACAUUUGUGUACAAACAUACAUUGGAGACUGAUGUGUUAGAAUGUUUUCUUUCUAUUUUCACUCUUUUUUAUGAAUA